AUGCUGUUCGAAUACUUGCGAGAACCUGUUCCCCCAAAUCUUCUCACAUCUCCAGAAGCCUUUCAUUACUUCGAAGUGGCUAUGCUCUGGAUAGGAUGGAUGCCGCCGAAAAAGCUACAAUUCCUAUACUGGAUUUCAUCAACCUUCAUUUAUAUGUGGAGUGCUGUUUACCUGCCAGUCGGAAUCACCAUCAGUUUUUUCAUGGAUAUCAGAAACUUGAAGGCCAGUGAGCUGAUGACCAUCCUUCAGCUCUUCUUCAACUCAGUCGGAAUGCCCUUCAAGGUUAUGUUCUUCCGAUUGUACAUUGAACGAUUCCACCAGGCCAAAGAGAUCCUGAGCCGCAUGGACAGAAGGUGCACGGAUGUGGAAGAACGCAUGGAGGUCCACCGAUGGGCAGUUCGCUGUAAUUAUGCCUAUUUGAUCUACCAAAUGAUCUACACCUGCUACACCAUUUCUACGGUUCUUUCCUCUGCCAUGGGCGGAGCAUUGCCAUGGCGCAUUUACAAUCCUUUGGUGGAUUGGCAAAAGGACACCCUAAGCUUCUGGGAAGCUGCUUUGCAUGAGGGUGUCCUCAUGCUUUUCGCUGUCACCCAGACCCUCAUGAGCGAUGUUUAUCCUUUGCUAUAUGGCCUGAUCCUUAGAGCUCACAUCAAACUACUUCGGCUGAGGGUGGAGAAACUCUGCAUGGAUCCUGCCAAAAGCAGUGAGGAUAAUUAUGGGGAUUUGGUGAUGUGUAUCAAAGAUCAUCAGUUAAUACACGAAUUCGUUGAAAUGAUUCGUCCUUCCAUUACCCGCACUAUUUUUAUCCAGUUUCUAUUAAUUGGAAUUUGUCUGGGUAUUUCCUUCAUAAACAUCCUCUUCUUUGCCGACAUCUGGACAGCUCUGGCCACUGUGGCCUAUAUAACCGGCAUUAUGGUCCAGACCUUCCCCUUCUGCUACGUUUGCGACCUAAUGAAAUCGGACUGUGAUCUUCUGGAGAUGGCCAUAUUUCACUCAAACUGGCUAAGUUCCAGCCGUGAAUACAAAAGAACGUUAAUAUACUUUUUGCACAAGUCCCAAAAACCAGUAGCCUUCACAGCCGGAUCCAUGUUUCCAAUAUCCACAAGCUCGAAUAUUCAGGUGGCUAAGCUGGCCUUUACAGUGGUUACCUUUGUAAAUCAAAUGAACUUAGCCGACAAAUUAAAAUGA